CUCCCCCAAAUAAAUAAAUAAAAUCUUUAAAAAAGAAACUUAAAAAAUAAAUACAUAAGAGACCUAGUGGGAGUGGCUAGUGAAGAAUAAUAGCUAGUUGGGGCCAAACUGGAUGUUGGUGAGCUGAUGGAAGGAAAUAGAUAAUACAUUGCUAAGUUCUUGAUACUACUUCAUUUGAUCCUCAUAGUAGCCCAGUGAGCUAUUACUUAACAAAUGGCAAAAGAGGAGGGCAAAGAGAAGAAAUUUGACCGAGAUCACAUGAAUAUAAUUACAUAACCAUGGCCAUCAUCUGCGAAAGUAUUAGAUAAUCCGGUGAUGUGGACGGUAUUGCUAUUUGGCAUUUACACUGAAGGCAUUUUAUAUAAGGCAAAAAUGAAAACCUGGCUGCCUAUUCCCAAGCUUGAAGCCACCAUUAAGAGAUACCUCCGUGCACAGAAACCUCUCUUAGAUGAUGGCCAGUUCAGGAGAAGAGGAGGAGAGACACAGCCACAGCCAUUGAUGAUGGAGGCAGAUUGGAAUGCAUCAAUAAACCAAGGAACACCAAGGAUAGCUGGAAAACAGAACAGUUUUGCAAGAGUUUUGAAAAUGGGAUUGGAAAAGAGCUGCAUGAGCAGCUGGUUGCUCAGGACAAGCAGAAUAAACAUACGAGCUACAUUUCAGGCCCCUGGUUUGAUAUGUACCUAAGUGCUCGAGACUCCAUCGUCUUGAACUUUAAUCCAUUCAUGGCAUUCAAUCCUGACCCAAAGUCUGAGUAUAACGACCAGCUCACCAGGGCAACCAACAUGACUGUUUCUGCCAUUCGGUUUCUGAAGACACUCCGGGCUGGUCUUUUGGAGCCAGAGGUUUUCCAUUUGAACCCUGCCAGAAGUGACACUGAUACCUUCAAGAAGCUCAUACGCUUUGUGCCUUCCUCCCUGUCCUGGUAUGGUGCCUACUUGGUUAAUGCAUAUCCCCUGGAUAUGUCCCAGUAUUUUCGGCUUUUCAAUUCAACUCGUUUACCCAGACCCAUCCGGGAUGAGCUUGUUACUGAUGAGAAGGCUAGGCACCUCCUCGUCCUAAGAAAAGGACAUUUCUAUGUUUUUGAUGUCUUGGAUCAAGAUGGAAACAUUGUGAGCGCCUCGGAAAUCCAGGCUCAUCUGAAGUACAUUCUCUCAGACAACAGCCCGGCCCCCGCGUUUCCCCUGGCGUAUCUGACCACUGAGAACCGAGACGUCUGGGCAGAGCUCAGGCAGAAGCUGGCGAGUGGUGGCAAUGAGGAGACCCUGAGGAAAGUGGACUCUGCCGUGUUCUGUCUCUGCCUAGAUGACUUCCCCAUGAAGGACCUUGUCCACUUGUCUCACAACAUGCUGCACGGUGACGGCACCAACCGCUGGUUUGAUAAGUCCUUUAACCUCAUUAUAGCCAAGGAUGGCGCUGCUGCGCUCCACUUUGAGCAUGCUUGGGGCGACGGGGUGGCAGUGCUCAGGCUUUUAAAUGAAAUGUUUAAAGAUAGCAUUCAGGCCCCUGCUGUCAGCCCCCAGAGCCAGCCGGCCCGCACUGAUUCCCCUGCUGCUGUGCAAAAACUGAACUUCAAGCUGAACGAUGCCUUGAAGACUGGCAUCAGCACUGCCAAGGAAAAGUUCGAUGCCAUCGUGAAAACCCUCACCAUCAACUUCAUCCAGUUUCGCAGAGGGGGCAAAGAGUUCUUGAAGAAGCAGAAGCUGAGUCCUGACUCGGUAGCUCAGCUGGCCUUCCAGAUGGCCUUCCUGCGGCAGUACGGGCAGACCGUGGCCACCUACGAGUCUUGUAGCACCGCAGCAUUCAAGCAUGGCCGCACUGAGACCAUUCGCCCAGCCUCCAUCUUCACGAAGAGGUGUUCCGAGGCCUUUGUCAGGGAGCCCUCCCAACACAGUACUGGAGAGCUUCAGCAAAUGAUGGCCGAGUGCUCCAAGUAUCAUGGCCAACUGACCAAAGAAGCAGCAAUGGGCCAGGGCUUUGACCGACACUUAUUUGCUCUGCGGUACCUGGCAGCAGCCAAGGGCAUUGUUCUCCCUGAGCUAUACCUGGACCCUGCAUAUGGGCAGAUAAACCACAACAUCCUGUCCACAAGCACACUGAGCAGCCCAGCAGUGAACAUCGGUGGCUUUGCCCCUGUGGUCCCUGAUGGCUUUGGCAUUGCAUAUGCUGUUCAUGACAACUGGAUAGGCUGCAACGUCUCCUCCUACCCAGGCCGCAAUGCCCGGGAGUUUCUCCAAUGCGUAGAGAAGGCCUUAGAAGACAUAUUUGAUGCCAUAGAAGGCAAAUGCAUCAAAACUUAGCUUCUGGGGGGGUGAAAAGCCUCCAUCGCUUCAUUGAUGUGAAAAUUGGGGCCUGUGUAGCCAAAAGGUGCUACUCUGUAUUUGAAGGAAACUAAUCAUGAGGUGCCUAAGCAGUCAUUGCUGCAAGGCUUGACCUUUAAAGUCAUGGUUUUAAAGCUAAAUAUGUAAUUGCCAAGUGGGACUAGAUCACAACUAAAGAGAAUGGGAGAUUUCAAUUUUAAGGGCAUUUGAUCAGGAGGUGGGAUUUGGAAGGAUAACUUAGGUGUAUUUAUUGUUGAAGCAGAAAUAAAAUUUAAUUGUUGCUUGGA